CCUUCCACAGCACUCUGAGGCGUGGUUUUUGGGGGGAAGAAAUAGCACAGUUGGCACACAAAACAGAUGGGAAUUAAGAAUGUUGGAGACCUGCCAGACAUCCUGGCUGGCUUGGUACUGAUGGACAUUCAUUGAGUGCUGUACUGAGCGUUUAACAUGCACUGUCCUGUGUCGCCCUAGUGACGGCAUGGUAGGGUAACUCUAUGCUGCCAUGUUUAUCAGGUUAGGACAAAAGGCACAGAGAGGUUAAGUAACCAGGGUGAGGCUGCAGAGUACAGGAGAGUCCCGGUGAUGAUUUGAAUUCAGGCCUCUGUGACAGGUUCCCUCCCUCAUCUUUUGUCAUUGAUCCUUUGACUUCAGGUAGAACGUAGCUUGAGCAUCUCCUGUGAGUAUCUUCCAGCCCAGAGCCAGUGACAAGCUGUGAAAAGCUGAGACCCAUGCCCCAGAUGGCAGAGAAUAAAGACCCCAUUCAGCUUCGGCUGCUCAGCCUGGGGCUGCUGAAGCAGCUGUGGGCUGGGCACGAUGCCAUGUGUCGGUCAGUGGCCAGAGCAGCGUCAGAGUCAAACCUGGACUAUAACAGCAGCGGCAACUUAGAGAUGCCACUGUCACAAAAGAGUUCCUCCAGCUCCUCGAUGGCCCCGAGCUCACAGGACAAAAGACAGGAGUGGGACCCACUGGACAGUCACCGAGGAGCCACAUCUGAUAGGUCUUUCUAUGGUAAGGACAGCUACAGGCUGAACUCUUUACCAUCUGCCACGUGCCAACACCAGGAGCCCCAGGAUGAACGGCAGCCUCCCUCAGUACCCUUGCUAGCCACUGAAGGUCUGAAGAGGCCACCAAAAGGUCUGGGACUUCACGAGACACAGGUUCCAAAGUCCAUGCUGUCACAACCAAGCAAGCCAUCUAAGCCCAAAGUGACCUUCUCCCAAGAGUCUGCAAUGCCUGAGAGCAGGUGGCGCUUCCGGCCAUACCUGGGCUAUGAUUGGAUUGCAGGGUCCCUGGACACUAGUUCUCCCGUCACCAGCGAGCCCGAGGCCUUCUUCUCCAUGCUUCAGAGGUUCCGAGAAGCCAACAGAGAGGAUUGCGUCUGCGACUCCCCUGAAGCUGUGUUCCCAGGCCUGCAGGAGAGCAGUGGUGUGGAAGAGAGCCACCAGUGUGUGUACUGUUACCGUGUCAACCGGCGCCUGUUUCCUGUGCCAGUGGAUCCAGGUACCCCUUGCCGCCUAUGUGGGAUACCCCGGGACCAACAGGGACCUGAGACUCUGGCGGAGCCCGCGCAGGUUAGGGUGAGCAUCCCCUUGUCCAUCCUGGAGCCCCCACACCGCUAUCGAAUUCAUCGACGGAAAAGCUUUGAUGCCUCUGACACCCUGGCUCUGCCUCGGCACUGUCUGCUAGGCUGGGAUAUCUUCCCUCCAAAGCCUGAGAAAAGCUGUGUCCCCAAGAGUCUUGACCUCUGGUCCUCUGUCUCCUGUGGAGCGCGGCGCCGACAUCUGUCAGCCACCAGCCCAUCCCGCCUGGCCUUGCCAGCACAGGUCCCACCACCAAUCUGGUCAGAGCCUCAGGUUUCCCAGCUCCGUCCCGCCCAUUAGAAGCCCUGCGGACUGACCACUCAGAAGGGAACAGUAUUCUACCUGUGUCAUCAACCUCCCCUGAGGAGGCAGCACCUGAGAGAUGGAGGGAUGCCCCUACAAUGAGGCUGAAACCUGUCAAGACAGAAGUGGCUGUGCUGUUGGGAUGGGAGGGUCCAGGCCUGGCGCUGGCCCAUCCUUCCUUCUCCUGGGGUAGGAACUCAAGGGUGGAGGGGGCGGAGACUCUGCCAGUAGUAUGCAAAUAAAACUCAGGGCCCUAUGCUUCCCGUCCCCACAUAGCUUGCCUUUCCUGCUGGUCCCCUUGAUGUCCAGGUGUCCUGGUCCCAACUGGCUUCACUUUGCCUAAGGGAGACACUGGCUACCUGGAGGCGAGCACCCAGUGAGCACCCAUUACUUGGAGUGUGGCUUCUUUUUUGUAUACUUUUUGCCAUAGAGUCUCACAUGGCCUAGGCUGGCCUGGAACUCACAAUCCAAGGAUGACCUUGAACGGCUCCAAUCCUCCUGCCUCC